AUGGAUCCACCAACCAGCGCUGCCCACCACAGCCCCGACGACGAGGCGGCCGCCUUCUUCCGCGCGGCGCCGCCCCUCCGCGACCGCGACGCCGUCGCCGCCAGCCUCGCCGCCUUCGUCGCCCGCCACCGCGCACGCGCCGGCGCAGGAGGAGGAGGAGGGCCCCCGGCGGUGGCGGGGGUGGUCUGCGUCACCUCCGGCGGCACCACGGUGCCCCUGGAGCAGCGCUGCGUGCGCUACAUCGACAACUUCAGCUCCGGCCAGCGCGGGGCCGCGUCCACCGAGUAUUUCCUAAAGGCCGGUUACGCCGUCAUCUUCGUCCACCGCCGCGGGAGCAAGCAGCCUUACUGCAGGUUUCUUCCGGAGGACUCUUUUCUCGACCUUUUCGAGCUCGGCGAAGGAUCAGAGAUCCAAGUCCCAGAGUCUCACACCACGGUGGUCAAGACAGCGAUCAGCAGUUAUCGCAAGGCAAUCGAUGAAGGUCUACUUCUGAAACUUCCUUUCACCACAAUUUUUGAGUACCUUCAGUUACUGCAGCUUGUAUCCACUGCUAUGAAUUGCUUGGAGCGCCAUGGAAUGUUUUAUUGUGCAGCUGCAGUGUCUGACUUCUAUGUUCCAUGGGAGAGUAUGGCUAAACAUAAAAUCCAGUCAGCAGGUGGCCCUUUGAACAUGCAGCUCAGUCAAGUUCCUAAGAUGCUUUUCAUCCUCAGAAACCAUUGGGCCCCUUCUGCAUUUUGUGUAUCCUUCAAGCUCGAGACGGAUCCAGACAUCCUUAUACAGAAGGCAGAGGCGGCUUUGAGAAAGUAUGGUAUGAAUGUGGUGGUGGCGAAUGAGCUAGCGAACUACAAAGACGUGGUUGUCAUGGUCACAAGCAGCGGGAAGACGACCGUGAGCAGGCGGAGCAAGGAAGAUGACCUGGAAGAGCAGCUCAUUGGUCUCCUGGUUAAGAUGCAUUCAGAUCACACUAAGCAGUCCAAUCCGGACCAAGAGAAAUGA